AUCUUGGAGCAAAGGUUGUGCUCAUAUCGUUUGUUGCGCCUGAGCGCAUGGGCGAUUGGCUGACUAAGCAGAGUAUGCCCGCCGAUGCAUUCUUGAUGCUCGGAGACGGGAGUGACACUAAGAAGAUCUACCGUGCGUAUGGCAUGCAGGCAUGUGGCUUCCACUGA